AUGCGUUUACUUACGUCUUCUACAUCUGGUUCUCCAAUUUUAGUUCAACAAUGUCACUGGAAAAAAUUAAAGAAACUUCAUAAACAACUUAAAAUUCAUAUUGAAACUUAUAAUCAAUAUCCUGAAUUUUUACAUAAAAUUACAAGUCAUAGAUAUUUUAUAAAUGAUGUUACUGAAUUUUUUAUAUUUGUUUCAAAAAUUCGACGUUAUCAAUCUAAAAAUCCUUCAUCUUUUACUUCUUCUCAAAAUCAAUUACUUCAAAAAUGUGAAUCAAUAAAACAAGAUAUUCAACGUUUAGGAAAAGAUCAAAAUAAGGAAGGUGAAGCUGUAUUAACUAUAAUCUUAGAAAAAACUGAUGCUUAUUUAAAAUUUGAAGAAUUUAUGGAAUGGUUAGAUGAAGUUGAAAAAAAAUGGAGUUUAGUUGAUAAAUGGGGUUUAAAUGAAAGUUUUAGAAGAUUAGGUGAGAAAUGGGUAUUAAGAAUUGAAUUAAAAGAUAGAAUUUGUGAAAUGAGAGAUGAUUUAAUGAAUAUGAUUGCUUUUGGUGACGAGUGUGAAAUUGGUGUGAAAUGCGUUGUUUUUAAGAAGGAAAUUGAUAUAAUGGAAAGGAAACUCAAUUCUGUAGUAAAGAAAGGCAUUUGA